AAUUCUGAAGCAGUUAAGCUGAAAGAUGAAACAAAAUAGGGUACUUUUGUGGCUGAUUCAUUUUAUAAUAUUAUGUAUUUUGGCGAAGGUGGCCAAAAAACGUACAGUCGAUCGAACUACAGUCAAAAAAAUAACUACCCCUCACCACCAUUAUAUAAAAACCACUCAGUGUCAUAUACCCUAUUAUCCCAUUAUUUCCAAAAUAAAAAAACACUCUGCCAGUUUAAACUGCUCCAAAGACAAGAGUUUAAUCAGCAAUCGAUUUGAUGAGAAGCUGCAGCAUUAUGUUUUGCAAAUAAAUUACCCAGUUGCUCAAUUAAAAUUGAAAGUAAUGCGAAAAAAAUUCCCUAACUUGAUGGGCUACAAUUGCACCUAUCGGGAAAUCCGAAGAUUGAAGAAUGCUAGUGCCGAAGAACCCAUGAGCUUAGGUGAAGAAACCGCCUUUGAGGAUGGUUAUGUGGUUCCCCUUCACAUCGAAGCAAUGAAAGUUAUUUGCCGAAAUGAACUUUCCGAGGAUCUGCAAAUGGACACCUUCGCCUUUGUCCAGCCCCGCAGGUCGAUUCCUCUCCAAAAAUCUUGGCACCGCCGACCUAGUAUCAUAAUGCUAGGUAUGGAUAACCUUUCAAGGAUGACCUUACGUAACAACAUGCCUAGUCUGUUUGAAAAUAUCAAAAAGCAGGGCUGGUUUGAGAUGCAGGGCUAUACUAGAAUAGGUCAAAACAGCUUACCAAACCUCAUGGCCUUGUUAACAGGUUACAGUCCCGAUACCUGGUCGAAUCUUCAGUGCAAGUCCAACAAACAUGGAUGCAUCGACUCCCUGCCCUUGAUUUGGAAACGUUUCCAACGAAAGGGUUAUAUUACCGCCUAUGGGGAAGGCAGUUCGGACAUUUCAAUGUUUCGCAUGGACAAGUCGGGAUUUGUACAAGGAUUUCUGGAUUUCUUUGCCCGUCCAUUUGAAAAAAUUCCAAAAACAACUGACUGUGUUGAUAGACGAAUGCACAUCCAGUUUAUUCACGACUAUUCUGAGCAGUUCCUUAAGCGCCAUUUAAACACAAAACGAUCCCAAUUCGGGUUCUUCUGGACUAAUAAGGUAAAACAAAGUAAUCACGAGGCAGAUAAUAUUGCAGAACCCAUAUGGUUGGAUCAUUUUGUGCGCAGGAAAAAACAAAACCUAUUCUCGCAGUCGAUUGUCAUCUUUUUUAGCGAUAAAGGCCCUUCCGGGAAUGCAAAAGGUCCAGACGUUCUUGCGGAAACCCAACCCAUGUUGCUUAUAUGGCUACCACCUUGGUUUCGAGUACGCCACCCGGAAAUUGUUCAAGCCCUGAGGAUAAAUGGAAAAAGACUGACUUCAGCCUAUGAUCUCCAUCUAACACUGCAUCACAUUUUGGAACUUGGGGAGCGUUGGCCCAGAGCUGUGCGAAAACUGCUAGACUGUCCCACCUGCCAGACCCUUCUAGCCCCCGUACCCGAGAAUCGCACCUGUGCCGAUGCCGGAAUAAGCGAGAAGCUGUGCCCCUGUGACAGAUACCAGCUCUUGAAACCAAAGGACUACAAGAGUGUGCCCUUGGGAAAGCUUUUGGUAAAGAGCAUCAAUGAAUAUCUCUAUCACCAAAAUUUGCACGAAAUUUGCUCAAAGUUAAAGAUGAAGUCCAUGGAGUCUGUGCAUCUGAGAGUUGAUGGAAACGGCACAAGUGGCAGUACUUUUCGAGUAGUCUUCACAGCCAGUCCCAACAACCCCCAGUUUUCGGCCACCACCCGAUUCAGCCACAAACACAAAAAUCUGGAAUACAUUAAUGUUGCUUCAAUUAAUCGUUUGAAUUUCUAUGGAAACGAUUCCGAUUGCUUAAGAAAUUUAAUGGGCAAAAAGUUUUGCAUUUGCCUGACUCGCAGAAUAAAAGACAUUCCAAAAACAAAAAAAAAUGAACAAAUUAAGCAGAACCCAGAAAAUUUGAGGAAUAAAAAAGCACCUCAAAAAAACACAACCAAAAAUGAAGAAAGAAAAUUAAACCAAACAUCAAAGCGUGAGCCUAAUUUAAAUUUUGAAACAAUUUCAAAUGUUAACCCUGAAGAAGCAGGGAGAAAAGUGAAGGCGGAUCUGUAUAAUAUUCCGGAUAUUGAUCAAUUUGCGGAAAUUGACCAAAAAAUUGAAAUUAUCUCGGUCUAAACAUUUGAGUUUAAAAUAAAUUUCAGCCCCUGGUUUAUUAUAGUUUUUAUUUCGCAUAAUGAGGGUGUGUGUAACGGGUGUUUUUUUGAUUUUUACUUUUUUAAUUUGUACAUUGGGCACUCAAGCCCAAAGAGGCAGAAGGAAUAAUACCAGAAGACCUCUUUUCAAACAGUUUAAUAAGACUAAAAAAACAACAGAAGCUAAUUCCACAACAAGCCCCUUUCUAAAUAUAAAAAUUAUUACUCCUCCCAAGAUUACAGCCCCCCUAACUACAACUCUCAAAACUACAACACCCACGACUACAACACCCACACCUACAACUGCCAAUAGUACAACACCCACAACUACAACUGACAAUACUAAAACUGAGAAUACUACAACACCCACAGCUACAAGCCCCAGUACUUCAAUUUCAACUAGCACAUCUUCCUCGUAUCUGAAUAUUAUGGAAGAUACAAAUAGAGACAAUAUAGUCAGCUAUACCUACGACAUUGAAAGGCUUGCCAAUGUUAUGCAUUUGAGUCGAUUUGCUGCCAAUCAGAGUUUUUAUCGACUAACAAACCAUUCCCUGGACGAAAAUUUCAACUGUGGCUAUAAAACUAUUUCGAAGACCUCUCAGGGAAGAUAUCAAGAGGACAGUAUCAACAAAGUAAAAGAGAUUCAUAUCACCAAUGGGGAUGUACUACCCGCCAAUACUGAGGCAAUAAUUACAAGUUGUAAAACGACAAAGGGUAAAGUUCUUCAAAUAAAUCCACAGACCUUUGUAAAUUUGAAAAAUCAAACUAAAAGCCAGAUUUCUCAAAAGCAACGUCCUAAUAUUUUACUGAUCGGUUUCAAUGGAAUGACACAGAAAAUGAUUUCAUCUGCUUUGAAGGAUAUUAAUAUGGAACGUUGGUUUAAACUACAAAAGUUCAGAAGAAUUGGCGAAAACUAUACAUACAAUUUGAUGGCAUUAGCCUCGGGAUAUAGUCCUAGUAGCAUUGCCAAUUUAGAGUCAACGGGUUCCGUGCCUUUUAUUUGGAAACAAUUCAAAAGCGAAGGCUAUGUCACGGCCUUGGGAGAGGAUAUUGCCUUCAUCAGAGACUUAACAUUAGAUUUUGAAGAGCAGCCUGUCGACUACUACCUCAGACCCUUCCUGCAAGGAAUAGCCGAAAGUGUGGAGUUACGGAAUAACACUCCGAAUAUUGAGAAUUUGCUAACAUCAAACUAUGUGUUGGAUUAUUGUGAGGAGCUCUUAACGAUGUAUGCCAAGAGCACGAAUCCAUUUUUUGGACUAUUCUGGACCAAAAUUUCCACCGGGGAAGCGAAAGAAAGCAAUUUGGUGGACUACUUCAAGAGAUUUAAACAGCUUGGUCUAUUCGAUAAUACGAUCGUGAUAUUCUUCAGUGAUCAUGUAUGCAGGCCUUUUCUUAAUAUCUGGUUACCGGAUUGGUUUAGGGAGAAAUAUCCCAGGAUGAUUCGAAAUCUGGCUGUAAAUAAAAACCGUUUGAGUUCCCCACACGAUAUAUAUUUAACUCUUCGGCAUAUUCUCGAACUGAGCAAAGAUAGUCCCCAGAACUUGAUAGUCCCCAGUCAAAUUUUCGGAUGCCCCACCUGUCAGUCACUUUUCGAGGAGAUACCAAACAAUCGUAAUUGUCAGUCAGCUAGUAACAGUGAAAAUUAUUGCGAGUGUGCCAACUAUGUAAAGAUAUCCACAAAAGACGCUCAUAAAUUACCUCUUGGAAAGCUAUUGGUUGAAAGUCUAAAUCAAUAUCUGCACAAGAAUAAAUUACAAAAUAUUUGUGAGGAAUUCACUCUUGACAGUGUGGAAUCCGUAUACCAAAAAAAAUCAUAUUAUAGAACACGUCUGCGAAAUUAUAGAGUACGUUUUUUAACCCAACCACAAAUGGGCAGUUUUUUGGCCACCGUUCACUAUAAUCUGAUAUCAAAGACUCUUUUUAAUGUAAAUGUUUCGUCUUUCGGGCGUUUAAACCGCUAUGCGGAGCAAUCGAAGUGUGUUAUCGACGAGGAGACCAAAAAAUUUUGUAUUUGUCGAAACGGAAGGUCAGAAAGAACUGUUUGGAAAGAUCCAAAAUAUGUUUCUAAUCUUACAUUAAAGGAGGAAAAUGCAGCUCCGCUUAGAAAAAUUUCCGUUUUAAUGGAUAACCUUCUGGAAAAAGUAGAGAAAUUUGAAAAAAAACAGUCUUUUUUGGCGGAAAAUAAUCAAUGAGGAAAUUCAAAGGAUAAGGAAAUUAUUGGCCACCUCACAGUCGACAACAGAUCCAAGGCCAACAUUUCUAGAACCCAUAACUACGGAAUCUCCAGAAAGCAACGAAACUCAUGUCAGUGUGCAUUUUAGCCUGCACUACUGAAACUUUCCACGCAAUAAAUAAAAAAUAUAUAA